AAAAACUGGGCCUAAAAAGUCUUAUGUUACCUGUUGGAUUUUUUUUCUCUACAGCUGACUGAGCCCUGUAGGGUUUUAGCAAAGCAACUUGGCGAGCUCAUGCAAAUUUGAUUGUUUGUCCACUGGACUGGUAUCGGAUGAACCCAGGCAGGUGAAGAAGGGGUGGUGCUAGAAAAGCUGCUGAAGAGGAGGAUGAUGACGUUCAAGAUGAUGAUGCGUUAAGUGAGGGGCUGGGUUUUUAGAAAAAGCAUUUACACCUGCCCCUCCUCACCAGUGCUGGAUGAGUUAUGAGAUGAAGAGGAGAUGUGAGUGGUCCAUUCAGUUCAGUUGCAGACCGGGGGACACCAUGGUUACAAAUGAGUAACUGGAUACUGUACUUUAAAGUCGUAAUCUUGCUUGUUCAUCUCCAGUGGAUGGAUCUUUUUCAAAUUUGGAGACCCAUUUUAGUAGUUGUGGCUGCACGGUUGUUCCAAACAGAGGAAUACUUUGCCAUCUCCACUGAAUCAUUCCCAAGGCUGGAGAAAGCCACUGAUGCAGCUAUAGGAACUUUGGCACUGCUGAGCGAGCCACUGGUGCCACAUACUCUGGGAGGAUGAAAACGAGCGUUUAGUGCAUAUUUGUCUUUGAUCCAAACUCAGAGCUAAAGUGAGGUGUCAUAGACAAUUCAACCAGAAAGGAGGGAAACAUGCCGUUUGGUGGUUUAGGAGGUUUGAAGGAUAAAGUGCUGUCCAAGACUGGAAAGGAGGAAGUGAAGAACACCAUGGGUGAUUCUCUAGGAAAACUGCAAAGGAAAAUAGAUGGUACCAACGUAGAUGAAGAAGACCACAUUGAGUUGACCGAGGAUGGGCAACCUGUGGCAUCAUCAAAUCGAUCUCCCCCGCUGCUGGACUGCAGCUGUGGCGGCCUCCCGAAACGUUACAUCAUCGCCAUUCUUAGCGGCCUGGGCUUCUGCAUCUCUUUCGGCAUUCGCUGUAACCUAGGUGUGGCCAUUGUGGAAAUGGUGAACAACAACACCGUCUACAUAAAUGGGACCCCAGUGAUCCAGAAAGCUCAGUUUAACUGGGACCCAGAGACGGUAGGAUUAAUUCACGGCUCGUUCUUCUGGGGCUACAUUGUCACUCAAAUCCCUGGUGGUUUCAUCUCCAACAAGCUCUCUGCCAACAGGGUGUUUGGUGCAGCCAUUUUCCUGACGUCAGUACUGAACAUGUUCAUUCCAUCUGCCGCCAGAGUUCACUACGGCUGUGUCCUGUUCGUUCGCAUCCUGCAGGGUCUGGUGGAGGGUGUUACAUACCCAGCAUGCCAUGGGAUGUGGUCCAAAUGGGCACCACCUCUUGAACGGAGCAGACUAGCAACCACUUCAUUCUGUGGAUCCUACGCAGGGGCAGUGAUUGCCAUGCCUUUAGCUGGUGUUCUUGUUCAGUACGUUGGCUGGCCUUCAGUCUUUUAUAUAUACGGUGUCUUUGGAAUCUUCUGGUACAUUAUGUGGCUCCUGUUGGCCUAUGGGAGUCCUGCAGACCAUCCCACGAUUACACAGGAGGAGAGACAGUACAUUGAGAAGGCAAUUGGUGAAAGCAUGCGACAGAUGAGUGCGACUGAGAAAUUCAACACCCCGUGGCGUUGUUUCUUCACCUCCAUGCCCGUCUAUGCCAUCAUCGUAGCUAACUUCUGCCGCAGCUGGACUUUCUACCUGCUCCUCAUCAGCCAGCCGGCGUAUUUUGAGGAAGUCUUUGGAUUUCCCAUCAGCAGGGUGGGGAUCCUGUCUGCUGUCCCCCACAUGGUGAUGACAAUUGUAGUUCCUAUUGGGGGUCAGCUGGCUGACUUCUUACGCACUAACAAAAUAAUGUCAACCACUAAUGUGAGAAAACUCAUGAACUGUGGAGGUUUUGGGAUGGAGGCUACUCUGCUGCUUGUGGUCGGCUUCUCUCACACUCGAGGAGUGGCCAUCUCCUUCCUAGUUCUGGCUGUGGGCUUCAGUGGAUUUGCCAUCUCAGGUUUUAACGUUAAUCAUCUAGACAUCGCUCCCCGCUAUGCUAGCAUCCUGAUGGGCAUUUCUAAUGGGGUAGGAACACUGUCUGGAAUGGUGUGUCCCCUGAUUGUUGGAGCUUUGACUAAACACAAGACCCGUCUGGAGUGGCAAAACGUCUUUGUCAUCGCCUCCAUGGUGCAUUACACAGGGGUCAUCUUCUACGCUAUCUUUGCCUCGGGAGAGCAGCAGAUAUGGGCCGAACCCGAAAACACCAGCGAGGAGAAAUGUGGCAUCAUCGAUGAGGACGAACUUGCGGAAGAGUCGGAGCUCACCAGUGAAAACAUGGUGAACCCUAAAAAGAGUUACGGAACGACCGAGAAUCCAUCUGGUCGAAAACAUGGCUGGAAGAAAAAGAGAGGCGUCACCAUGCAAGAUGGAGAGGAACAUUAUGGGAAUGGAGACUUUCAGGACCAGUACCAGUGAGACUGGACACCCCCGAGCCUAAUUCUAGAAUUUAACCAAAACAUUGGAAACAUAAAAGUAUCAGGAGGAACAACAAAGUCAAGCAUCCGAAGAACGGCUUUGUUGCUAAAUAGUGUGUCUGCGAAAAAUUAUAUUCAAAACAAGUUUGUUUAUAUGUCACAUUUUAGGGACAAAAAAACAGAACGGCAAAAUAGAUAUAACAAAUUAAACAGAACACAAAAAUUCAAUCUGGAGGAAACGUGUUACCAAGCAUUGGAGCGCUAACUCUGGAAGCAAGGCUGCCAUGGGACGUGGCCUAAAGCCCAGGUCAGGAGUCUGGUCCAAGCUUUUUAACCUACGAUCAAUCAAGAAUUUUAUAUUGAAAAGUGAAAUGAGUAGGAAGCCAGUGUGAAUGAGAGGAUAAUGUAGGAGAGUUUCAGUCCUACUCUACUCCUGCUACUCUUAAAAAUGGCUGACGUUGGCAAAUAUACAGAUAGGAAAAGUAAUAAAUACAGAAACAAAACGUACUUAUUAAAAUAAUUAUCUCCAGUCGAGGUCUGUGUUCCAUACCAUAGUAUGUAGCAUCUUAACAAUGUUCCUCAGGAGGAACAAAAAAGGCAGCGGGUUGCUAACACAGUUAGAACUAGAGAUUUCCGAUAAUAUCGACCGACCGAUAUCAUCAGCUGAUAUUAGCAUAAUUAUGUCAUAUCGAUAAGAAUCGUUAUCGGUUUUUCCUUCAAUAAUUAAAACCCAAUAGCCCAAUUAUUUUGUUAUAUAUUUAAUUAUUUUUUGGAAUGCCUUUAGCGGGGCAUCGCAAUAAAAGAUAGUAAUGUAUUAAGACCACAACCACGUGAUGUGACCUAAAAAUAUCUUUGGGGAAAAACGGUUGAAUGUAUAGGUAUCUGAUCGGAAAUGAUGUAUUCGGAAAAUAUCAGCAUAUCGGGUAACGGCAAAAAGCUAAUAUCGUUUGCCCAUAGUUAGAACAAUAAAUUCCGUUCACACUAUCCUUCACUGUAGAUUCUAAUAAUGAUAGAAACCAUAGAACCAGAACGGACAGAUCAGCUUCACUGACCAGAGGACAUCUGUGCAAAUGAGUUUUCAACUGCACGUUUUUUGGGCAGAUUUUAAAAACCUAGGGAUUAUUUUAAAUGUAUCGAUGUGAGCUAUGCAAUCUAAAUGUUAGCGGGUUUGACAGCGGGCCACAGUGUUAGUGUGAUGAGCCUUACUGGUUGGUUUUUUUGUGCUUGUUUGUAUUUGUGCUGCUGAAUGAUUACUGUACACUGUGACGUCUGCGUAGAUCUCAGUUCAUCGUUCGUCAGCCACAUCUUUUGUCUCCUCUAUUAUCUAUAGUCCUCAUAGUGGGCCAUUGUGGAUGGUGCAGUUUAAUGCUGACAUGACUUUUUGUUUUUUUUCUUUCUAUUGGUGCAACUUGAUACAGACAUGCAGCUGGUUUCAAAAAAAUGAAAUGAAAACAAGGUUUGUUUCCUCCUGAUCUACAGUUCUGGAAAUCUAUACAGUUCAUGUGAAGGACAGUAAAGUGAGUGGUGUACUGUAUUUGCACAGUUAAUGGUGUUGUGUGACAGAGCACCUGGAUGUGAUCAAAUGCUUUUGAAAGCCUUGAAAAUUGUCGAGGUCCUGGGUUGUUGUGUGAGAUAAAAGAGAUUAUUUAUUGUCUUAUUUUGUGUAUUAAAAAUAUUAUUGAAUAUUUACUAACUACAGUUUGUUUAGUUCUUGUAAUGAAGCACCACUUAAAAUUAAGGAUGUCCGGUAAUAUUGAGAUUAUCAAUUGAUAGCAUAAUUAUGGAAUAUCGCUAGGAACCGUUAGCAUUUUUCCUCCGAUAAUGAAAACCCAAUAAUGCAAUGUCUGGGUUUCGUACGUGUUAUGUAAUGUGCUACACCACAUUACAGCUACUGCACCUUACAGCGAAGUCGCCUUCCAAACAGGCACAGGACAUGUACCACCAGUGGGAAGGUGGUUGAAGGUGGGAGUUGAAGCUCCUCCCGACAGGGUCUCCUUCUGACACGACUUUUAGACCCUCACUGUAUUUUCUUUGUCUCCCAGGCCUGACUUACUCCACUUCUCUACCAAGCUGAUCAUUGAACUAUGGUCUAGUGUUCGUUAUUGACAGUCAAUGACAAACACAGAAGUCCACUAACGUCCCCAGCACAAGGCCUCUAUGUACCCCCCCUUUAAGGACCCCAAAAAUAUGGACUCUCAUACAGGAUCCAGCCCACUUAAAUGAAGUACUGGCCCUCAGCUGGGUGCUCUCACGGUCCACCUGUAAAACAAUAGUUUACCAAGCUGUGUUUACUGGUUUUUAUUUUAAAUUAUUAACUACACUACAUUUACUGCAAUAUCCAGUAAUUAUUAUUACUGGAUACUGCAGUAAAAAAAUAGGACUUUGUCUUUUCAAAUCUUGUUUACAUCCAGUCAUGUGGAAAUAAUUAAAGCAUGGAGAAAAUAAAUAUUUAAGAACCCUUUUGUUAAUUUGUUUUUCUUAGUCCUCCCGCCCCACAGUUUAGUUUCUGCUCUUGAAUUAUUUACAAAACGCCGUCACUGAGAUGCUGAAUGCAGCUCAGUCGACUCGUUGGUUAUCUUCUGAAAGUGUAAGCUGUCCAUAAACACGUCCUGUUUUUGUUAGCGGCUGUUUAAAUUAGAGAUUUACAAAAAAUAAAAAAAAAAUCCAAAAACUGCUUCUGCUUCUUGU